AGGAAGUGACGGCCUAGCCCGCGGAGUCGGUGGAGUCGGCGCCAGCCGCGGCCUUGCGUUCCCGGGCCCUGGGCGAUGGAGAACGGAGAGGUCUACAGAGCCACCACCGAGGCGCACCCGGGCCCCGGCAGAGGCCCCCGGAGCGGCCUCGCCGCCUACUUCACCCUGAGCCGGCUCACGGGCUUCCGGCGACUCAAACUCGUGGAGCUGGUGCUGUCGCUCCUGGCCUUCAUCUGUGAGGAGGUGGUGUCGCAGUGCACUCUGUGUGGAGGACUCUACUUCUUUGAGUUUGUCAGCUGCAGCGCCUUUCUGCUGAGUCUGCUUAUCUUGGUCGUGUACUGCACUCCAGUGUACGACAGAGUCGAUCCCGCGAAAGUCAAGUCAUCGGACUUUUUUAUUACUCUGGGCACAGGAUUGGUGUUCUUUGUGGCAUCCCUCAUUUUCACUUUGACACAUGACAAUACCAUAGCUGAAAUUGCUGCAAUCGUGUUUGGGAUGCUAGCAAGUCUUACAUAUGUGGCUGAGUUCUCCUUUAUGCUCCGUGAAAAAUGUAAGGAGCCCCGGCCGAGAAAAGGGGAGGCCACCGUGAGGAGAGAGCACCUCACCGAGCCUCUGAAUGCUUCGGCUUGAGGGGAUGGGUGCACGAGGUUGCUGCGGGGCGCGGCCACUCCUGUAGACCCUGGGUCCGUGUUAAACCGCUGAUUUUUGGAGAGCAAGGCAGGAUGGCAGUUUGAUCAGUAUUGAUUGGACUGUGUAUCAGUCACCACAAAUAAGGCCAGAGGGCGUAAAAAAAUUUUUUUUUGUAACAGUUGAAACUUGCGUCAGAUGAAGUUUUGUUUGGAGGUAAGAGCAGCUGUGUCUUUAAAAUCACAUAGCUCAACUGAUAAAUUAUUCCAUCAUUGUUACUAGGGUUAGGUUUCAAAUUAUGCUUUAUAGCUGUAUAAACAGCGUGAUGAAGUUCAUCCAUUUAUAAAUGGUUUCACUUCUUAAUUUGCUUAGCUGUGACUUUGCUUUUUGAUGACUAGAUACAGUUUAAUGUAUAUUGAGAUAUUAUUUUAAAUGUUGGUCUACGUUUUUCCCUUACACAUGUAAAACCCAGGCUUUUACCAUAUCUCACUCUGCCUUAAAAUUAUACUGUAACAUUUUAGGAUAUAAUUAUUAACUCUUUCUGAGACCUUUUAUAGCCUAAUAGAAAAUGUAUGGGAGAUGCUGAUAUUUUACAUGUUAUAAAAGCAACAGUGUCAGCAACCCCAUGUAAAAGUACACAUAGAAAAACGGAAGCCGCCGCCACCCUAAGGACCAAAGAUGCGCGUUCGCACAGUGCAGUCCACCACUGUCCGUGUCUGAAGAGAUGAGUUCAUUCCAUGAGACAGAAGAUGGUUCACUCCUUUUUGCCAUGAUUAUUUCUCCUGAAAUUAAGGUUCUGUUCAGUGUUUUCUUGGGAGCCUAUCUUACUUUAAAACCUCAACCUUUGGUUUUUGAUUUGAGAGCGUCCCCGCUCCGUCUCCGUAACAGGAUGGGCCAGGGACUGCUCCAGCAGCCGGCAGAGGUGGGCCUGCGGCGCUGGCUGCUCGAUGGCAGCUUCUUCAGAUUCCCGGGCCUGUCCCAGUGCAGAGAUUCACAGCAGGAUCUUUAGGGUUCUUGUUCCCACACAGAUGUUGCCCUAGUUUCUCUUCAGAGGAGACCUUAAGAAAGGGAGUGCCGAGAUGCCUGCCCAGUUCAGUACUGUUGAUGGUGGAAGAGAAUGCCAGCCCACCCUCAGGGGAACUUCACAACCAGCUGUAAUCGAAGACCUGUUUGCUGCCGGCAGGCUAACUUAGAGCCAGCCAGGGCACUUUGAAUGAGACCAUUCUUAAGGGAGGUCUUUUUACAGCGGGACCUUUCUAACCAAGUGCUUCCCAGCCUAGACCUUGCUUGUCCUCUUGUUGAGAGUUUUCACUUGACUCCAGCGUGGACUCGUUUCCAAUGAGAUAGGCUAAUGACCCCAUCCUUAAUUUCUCAUCUGCCACUGUGUCAUGGAUGGUUUCAGACAGAUGCCCAAACACAAGCUCUGCUGUCUUCCUGAUGCAGACCCUUAUCUGUUUGUGUCGGUUUGGUUGCUAGUGGCAACGUCACCACUGCCUGCUCAGGAGAUCGUGGAACCUGUCGAGGAUGCUCUGUGUGUUCACAGGGUGUGCUAAAUAAGGGAGUAGAACUGGUGUAGGUCUAACCCGGGUUGAGAGAGAACCAGCUUGUGGUAGGCAGGUGCCGUGGUCCUUGUAUCAUCUCCGCCCAGCUGGCACUCGCGGCAGACCAUCUGGGCGCCCUCAGGGUCCCCACUCGGGAGGUUGAAGGAAUGGCCUCAGUAGGCCGGUGCGGAGCUUAAGCUCUCCUUGUCCCCGAGGUGUCACUUUGCUUGUUUCACUGGCGCAGAAUGGAGCUCCUGGCUGGUCACCAAAAGAUAUUUUCACUGGUAUUUCAGGUCAGCCUAGAACCUUUCUUCACUUUUUUAAGCAGGACCCACGACUAAUUAGCCUCCAUCUGCUUUGGUAGGAGUUAGGAGUAAAAAGAUCUUUGUGGUCAAUAAAAAUUCAAGGAGAACUUGAAACCAAAGCCACUGUUACAGAAAAGGGCAAACUCAAAUGUAAAUUAAUUUCUUAUUAAUGGUUAUGGUAAGUUUAUAUAAGUAGACCUUUGAGAACAGUUCUUCUAAAAGGGAAAUGUGCAUACAGUGCAGAGAUUUUAUAAUUGCUCUACUUAAAUUAUGUUCUGUGUGAGGGCUGGGGAAUGUAUUUUUACAUUGUUUAUAGCCAAUCAUUUUUAUAUUUAAUAAUUUUAAAUCCUGUGGGCCUUGUGUGUCUCUGUGUCAAAUUUUAUAGUCUUUCUAAAUAAAUCCACUUCACUGUUCA